GAUACAUUUUUGUCAUUUCGAUCAACAAUGAUUACCGAUAUAAUUAAUUACUAUCGUCAAAAUAAAAAACUGCUUGUUUGGAAAAAUAUCGUUCUGCUAAUUGGCUUUCAUCCCAUCGGGUUUGUUGGUUUGAUAAGGGUUCUUAUUGGGGCUGUAAAACUUAACACAAUAAUAUUCGAUUAUGUUAUUGGUCUGCUGGGAUUUCUAAGUCUUUCGGCAGGUGCCCACCGCCUUUGGUCUCACCGUUCGUACAAAGCAAGAUGGCCCUUAAGGCUUAUGCUGGUCUGUUUCAAUUUUCUUUUAUAUGAGAAUCCGAUAAUUCACUGGGCAAGAGAUCACCGGACCCAUCACAAGUUCAGCGACACAGAUGCGGAUCCGCAUGACCCACGCCGCGGUCUAUUCUUCGCCCAUUUGGGGUGGGCGAUGUUAAAGAAGAAACCGGAAGUAUUGGAAAAGGGAAAAACCAUCGACCAAUCCGAUUUGAACGACGAUCCUGUUUUAAAAUGGCAAGAGAAAUAUUAUAUGGUAUUUAUGCCGUUGGGGACGUUCAUUUUACCAACUGUGAUACCGAUGUACUAUUGGAACGAGACGUUUGUGAACGCUUAUUGUGUGAACAUAUUGAGGUAUCUGAUAUGCCUUCACAUGCAUGGAUUGAUUAACUCGGUUGCUCAUUAUUAUGGCGAUCGGCCGUAUGACAGGCUCAUAAGACCAACCGAUGGCUUAACAGUUUGCGCCCUAACAUUGGGUGAAGGGUUGCACAACUUCCACCACACCUUCCCUUGGGACUACCGGUGUGCGGAGCUGGGCACAUUUGCAUUUAAUACCACAAAACACUUCAUAGAGUUAUGCGCUAAGAUCGGAUGGGCUUACGAUUUAAAAAUAACAUCCGAAGAAGUAAUUAGGAAAAGAAUUGCCCGGACGGGAGACAAAACCCAUCUGUGGGGCUGGGGAGAUAAGGAUCAGACUGCGGAGGAGUUUAGGGGAACGAUAAUCGUGAAUUCCGAUAAGAAAAUUGAUUAGUUUUAGUAUUAAAAGGUGGUUUUAUUAUAACUAUUGUACAAAAAUGAUAAAUAGAGAUAUAAAUAAUUUA